AUGGUGGAUUUGGAGCCUACGGUCGUGGAUGAGGUUCGCACAGGCACAUAUCGUCAGCUUUUCCACCCGGAGCAACUCAUCUCCGGAAAGGAAGAUGCAGCAAAUAAUUUCGCUCGUGGACAUUACACCAUUGGCAAAGAGAUUGUGGAUCUGGUCUUGGACCGCAUCAGGAAGCUUGCUGACAACUGCACAGGACUCCAAGGCUUCUGCGUCUACAACGCCUGCGGCGGCGGAACAGGAUCAGGUCUUGGCUGCCUCAUGCUCGAGAGGCUGUCCGUGGAUUAUGGCAAGAAGAGCAAGAUCUCCUUCACCGUGUGGUGCUGCCCUCAGGUGGCUACUGCUGUGGUCGAGCCCUACAACACAGUCUUGUGUGUGCAUUCUCUCCUGGAGCACACCGAUGUGACCAUCAUGUACGACAACGAGGCAUUGUAUGAUAUUUGCCGAAGGAACCUGGACAUCGAGCGACCCACGUACACCAACCUGAACCGCCUCAUCGCUCAGAUCAUUUCAAGCUUGACCGCAUCGCUGCGCUUCGAUGGAGCCUUGAACGUGGAUAUUACGGAGUUCCAGACCAACUUGGUCCCCUACCCCCGCAUCCACUUCAUGUUGACGUCCUACGCCCCGGUCAUCUCGGCUGAGAAAGCAUACCACGAGCAGCUGUCCGUGGCCGAGAUCACCAUGUCUGUUUUCGAGCCGGCAUCCAUGAUGGUUAAGUGCGACCCACGCCACGGCAAAUACAUGGCCUGCUGCAUGAUGUACCGUGGCGAUGUGGUUCCGAAGGACGUGAACGCCGCAGUGGCUACCAUCAAAACAAAGCGUACCAUCCAGUUUGUGGAUUGGUGCCCCACCGGCUUCAAGUGCGGCAUCAACUACCAGCCGCCGACCGUGGUGCCCGGUGGAGAUUUGGCCAAGGUCAUGCGUGCCUGCUGCAUGAUCUCGAACAGCACGGCCAUCGCCGAAGUCUUUUCGCGCAUCGAUCACAAGUUUGACCUCAUGUACUCCAAGCGCGCCUUCGUCCACCACUAUGUCGGCGAAGGCAUGGAAGAGGGCGAAUUUUCUGAGGCUCGCGAAGAUUUGGCCGCUUUGGAGAAGGACUACGAAGAGGUUGGCAUCGAAACAGCAGAGGGCGAGGGAGAGGAAGAAGGUUACGGUGAUGAGUUCUGA